AUGCCAUUCGAUCAAAAGCCAGAAGGCUACCGGUGGGAUAUCAUCACCGAGGAGGAACUCAAGUACGCUCCGACCUACUUCCAGGACGUACCGGAAACCACAACGGAGGUUGAAUGUAAGCUCGGCGGUACAUGGCCUAAGUGGCUUCAUGGUUCUUUCUUGAGGGUGGGCGUUGGACGCUUCACAGUCCCAACUUCAGAGGACGACUCGACGCCCAGAGUAGUUAUUCAGCAUCUCUUCGAUGGCCUGGGCUUGCUGCACAAGUUCCGGAUGGUUGACGGCCGUGUCUACUACAUGAGCCGCUACACGCACAACGGAAUCGUGCGACGGGCAAUGAAAGAUGGCUAUGUUACAAACUCCUGGAUGGGCCCUAAUCCCAACACUCCUCUCUUCGAAGCUCAGGACCCGUGUUCGAAACUGCUCGGUGCUCGUCAAACCGUAUAUCUUCCUAAUGAUUUCUCGGCGCCGGACGACUUCAACAUCCAUGUGCAGCCACGCCGCGGUAUGCACCUUCCAAAGGAUAAGAAUCCCAAUUCAAGAGGUAUUCAGGCGGAAGACCCCGCCACUCAGGAGAUUCUAGUCCACACUGACUGGAAUGCUAUGCAAAUCUGUGACGCGAAGACUCUCGAACCAAAGCGGUUGCUUACCCAUGCGACCAUUGAUCCCGAGCUCGCUGGAGCUGGUUGCUGCGCUCACCCUGUUCAUGACCGCAGGCGAGGUCAAACCUAUAACUACCUGAUCGAUGCAGCUGGCAUCAUGUAUGUUUUCGCGCUCGACGUUGCAUCGAACCCGGCACGUCUCUUGUGGAAAUCCGCUCUCCCCUGCAGACCAUGCUACACGCAUGCUCUCGCCAUGACCGACAAGUACGUCGUGUUCGUCAGAAACCCCGUCACCAUGGAUACCAGCGAUCCAACAAAAACUAUCAUCGAAGCGAUGAAGUGCGAGCAUGACUCUCCUGUUUACUUCUACGUGUUAAACAAGGCAGAUGGCAAACUCGUCGCAUCCUACGAAAUCCCCAACUUCUACUUCUUCCAUACAGCAAACGCAUACGACUACGUCGACCCCAAAACCGGCCACACCAACGUCCACGUCGACAUAGCUAGCUACAAAGCCGACCACUACCCCUACAACGAAUACGCCAUCUCCAACGUCAUCAACCCGCUAAAACCAUACCAAGUCGGCCGCCUCGUCCGCUACGAACUCGCUGCCGUAGACACCAAAGACCCCGCCGUCAUCGCCCGCGGCACAGUCAAAGCCGCCAUCCCAGACAUGAUGGCCGAGCUACCCCGUAUCUCGAAACCCGCGUCCAUGGAUCCAAACUACCGCUACGUCUACGGUGUCUCCGGCAACGGCGUGUCCGCACCAGGCACCCAAGUCCCCAUUGGCCGUCUCGGAAACGGCGUAUCCAACGGAAUCACCCACGCUUCUUUCUACGGACACCUCUUCAAGUCGGAUUGGCAGACGGGCACGUUCAAGUCUUGGAUUCCGCAGCAUGGCGAGAGUUGUCCUACAGAGCCUAUUUUUAUUCAGCGCCCUGGGGCGACGGAGGAGGAUGAUGGGAUUGUGAUUACGAUUACGAUUAACAAGGAGGGGACACAUAGUAUUCUUGUGGGACUUGAUGGGAGGACUUUUGAGGAGGUUGCUAGGGCGGAUAUGCCGCAGGUGUACUCGCUUGGUCCUCAUGGAUCGUUUGUUGAAGGGGACUUUGGGCUUGUUAGUACCAUGGGAUGA